AUUUUUGUUAUUUCUCUCCACUGUUGGUCUUCUGAAACCUCGUUUUGCUGGUGACGCUUCCUCAGUACAUUGUUUUCUCUCUCUGAGAAAUCUUUGAAAGUUAGGGGCGUUUUACACUUGGGAGCCUGUAGUGAAAGUAACUUUUGGCUGAUUAGAAAUGGCACCCAAUGCAAGAGUGGUAGCGGCCUACCGUGCAAUGUCAGUUAUUGGGAUUGGUGAAUCGAAAGUGAAACCAGUAUUAAAGAAACUCCUGAAGUUGUAUGAUAAGAAUUGGGAACUUAUUGAGGAAGAAAACUAUAGAGCUCUGGCAGAUGCUAUAUUUGAGGACGAUGAAAAUGAGGUGCCAGAACAGAAAAAGAAAACCAAGAAAGUUGAUGAAGAAGAGAUGGAGGUCGACGAAGAACAGAUGCAUGUUGAAGAAGCCCGACCUUUGAAAAGGUUGCGUUUAAGAGGUCAAGAGAGUCAGCCUUUGCAUCCUCUGACUAAUAGUGCCCCCAGCUCAGAUACCCCUCCAUUAAAAAAGCCAAAAUUAGAAGACAACACAUUAUCCGAGAGUCGUUCUAGACAGCAGUCUCAAAAGAAAAUAUUCUCAUCCGAUGGAAAUGCGAGGAUUGAAGCACUCCCAAUUCCAACACGAGAUGGUAUUGUUGACAGGGGAAAGCAACCUGCAUCAUCACAAGUUACCCGCAGCAAAAGAAGAUUUAUGUCUGAAAGAGCAUCCCCAUCAGGACCAUCUAAAGAACCAACAGUUGAAACUGGAAAGUUUCUGUUGCCAAACAACAGAAUGCCUGGUAUUCAUACGCUGAUCAUACCCAAGGAUGAGCCUGUUGAUGAAUUGCUUGAUUAUGAGGUUCCCCGUCCCAUUGCAGUGAUUCCUCCUGAAUCAUCAAGUGUAAGGGUCUCAUCAAUGAAGAAUGGUGCAGCUGGAAAGCAAGGUGGCCAUGUCACUGUGGCAUCAUCACAAAGUAGAGAUGAAGGACAUAGAGAUGAAAAUAUUCCUCCUUCCUCAAAUGAAAAAGUGACUUCAAAUGUAGAGAUAGCCUCGUCAACUCUGGGAGAGGUAAAAAUUUCUCUGAGCUGCAGCUCAGCUCUUUUGGGACCAGAUUUUCAAAUGCCUAAUCGAGAUCAACUUCUAGAAAUGAUGGAGGCUAAAUGUUCGCGAUCAUAUAAAAUCACUGACCCAAAUUUUUCUGUUCUGAAACUGUUGAGAGAUGUAUGUGACUGCCUGUUGGAAUUCAGAACUGGUUCAAAUGAUGAUUCGCAAGAUGGCUCUGUGAUAAGAUCAAGUGCUGAUGUGUUGAAGGAAUCAGAGGCACAUGACACUCUGAGUGUUGAAGGAAAUAAAGAUUUGGACAUAUUUCUUCCCACUUCAAAUGGAUCAACUAAUGUUAAUUCUUCUGCUGCCUUGUUUCCACCCAGAAGUCCUUUUUCUCCAGCCCACCUGAGCUGUCUAGAUGUUUCUGUACUGGUUUCCAAGGUGGAUGGAACAAAUGAUAUUUCUCAAAGUGAUGUCAGAAAGGAGCUGGAGGAUCCUAUGUGUCCAAAUUCACUUAGUUUAGUGGUUGUUCCACAGCAUCAGCUUACAGCCGAUGAUAUAAGGUCUUUUCAUGAUGUUCAUGACCUUACAAAAGGAGAAGAAAGUGUUCAAAUUUCAUGGGUGAAUGAAACAACUAAUGAUUUCCCCCCAUCUUUUAACUACAUACCCCAAAACCUUGUAUUCCAAGAUGCUUAUGUUAACAUUUCUCUGUCUCGUAUUGGGGGUGGGGACUGUUGUUCAACUUGUAUGGGCAAUUGUGUCUUGUUGUCUACACCCUGUGCUUGUGCAAAUAAAACUGGGGGUGAAUUUGCAUACACUGCUCAAGGCCUACUGAAAGAAGAGUUCCUGGAAGAAUGCAUUGCCAUCAGCUGCAACCCUCAACAACAUUACUUCUAUUGCAAAGAUUGUCCGCUUGAAAGAUCUAAGAAUGAUGGUUGCAUAGAACCAUGUAAAGGACACUUAAAGAGGAAGUUUAUUAAAGAAUGUUGGAGCAAAUGUGGCUGUGGUAAACAAUGUGGCAAUAGGGUUAUCCAGCGAGGAAUAACUUGCAACUUGGAGGUAUUUUUUACUUCAGAAGGAAAAGGAUGGGGUCUUCGUACCUUGGAGGACCUGCCAAAAGGUGCAUUUGUUUGUGAGUUUGUUGGAGAAAUAUUAACCAUUAAAGAGUUGCAUGAGAGGAACAUGAAAUACACCGAAAAUGGGAAAUUUACAUACCCAAUUCUACUGGAUGCCGAUUGGGAUUCAGGAUUUGUUAAAGAUGAAGAAGCUCUGUGCUUGGAUGCAGCAUCCUUUGGCAACGCUGCUAGGUUUAUCAAUCACAGAUGUCUUGAUGCAAACUUGGUUGAGAUCCCAGUCGAAGUUGAGGGCCCAGAUCAUUACUACUAUCAUUUUGCCUUUUUCACUACCAGAAAAAUAGCAGCCCAGGAGGAGCUCACUUGGGAUUAUGGCAUUGACUUUGAUGACCAUGAUCAUCCUGCCAAGCUAUUCCAGUGCAGAUGUGGCAGUAAAUUCUGCAGGCAUAUGAAGCGACCAAAUAGAUUCAUCAGAUCUGUGUCAAUUGCUGGAUGAUAGCCAUUCUCCAUAAAACCAGUUUUGUUGCUCCAACCAUGCCAUGGUUGAUGAGUUGUUAGUGAGUCGCAGCCUACUGUAGGGGUGCUUUUUCCUUUUUUGGGGUUUGUUAUUUAGUUGGUGGCUGGGAACUAAGUUACUUUGUACAGCUUUCUGAAUAGUUACUUGUGUGAGUUUACAGCUACCAAAAUAGUUGUUCACUAAAAACAAUAUCGUGACGCAGUUUUAAAGCUUAAUAUUUAAACGUUCAACUACAGCAUCCGUAGGGCUUUGGAACCUUUUGAAUGGGAACCUACAGUUGUUUUUGGAAUUUUAUU